UGUGGUUUUGCAGGGAGCUGAUGCUUAUAAAGAACUGCAAAGAUCGAGUCUAGUUACUGCGCCUCAUAAAUUCCAUUACUGUGACAUUACAAGGAACUCCCUUCGAUUGCUGCCAAUAUAUACAGCUUCCUGUCUCCGAGAAUCAUUCAAUUCCUGAUCCGUGUGAAGGAACUCCCUCAGAGCUCCCCUCACCAGCAAAGAAACGACCAUGAAUGGACUGACCAAGACUGAAACUCUGAAUGACAGACCAGUGAUCGGGAUCUUAGCACAGCACACUGUAGAUGAACUGACCGAGGUGGCGAAGACCUAUGUGGCCAUUCCCUAUGUGAAGUACCUGGAAUCAGCUGGGAGCAGAGUGGUUCCCAUCAGGUUAUAUCUCACUGAGUCUGAGUAUGAGAAAAUAUUCCAUUCAAUUAAUGGGAUCUUACUGCCAGGCGGAGCUGUCGAUUUGAAGACAUCGGAAUUUGCCCGAGUUGCUGGCAUCUUCUAUCGAUUGGCACUGAAGGCCUGUGACCAGGGUGAUUAUUUUCCAAUCUGGGGAACGUGUUUGGGCCACCAGCUGCUGACAGCUUUGACAGCUGGAGAGGAUCUCCUGGUCUGGACGGACAGCUCUAACGUAGCAUUAACGCUAGAGUUUACUGACGAAGGAAAAUCCAGUCAAAUGUUUAGAGAGUUUCCCCCAGAGCUGAUUGAAGUUUUAUCAAAGAAACCAUUGACUGGAAAUUUCCACAAGUUCAGCAUCACAGAGCAGGCCUUUGUAUCCAACAAGAAAUUGCGAUCAUUCUACAGACUCAUCUCCACCAGCAGAGACUGUCAGGGAGUCCCAUUUGUCUCCACGAUGGAAGCUUUCGCGUAUCCGUUCUACGGCACUCAGUGGCAUCCUGAAGCAAACCGCUUCCUAUGGAAGGAGAGUUUGGCAGCUCCUCACUGUUCCCAUGCAGUCAGGAUAUCCUACCUCUUGGCCGAGUUCUUUGUUAAAGAAGCUAGAAAGAACCUUCAUCAGUUUGAGACAAAGGAAGAGGAAGAAUCUGCUCUGAUUGACAAUCACAAGCCAGUGUUUGUAGGUGACAAGAAUUCCUUUAGAACCCUCUACUUCUUCGAUUAAGAAUGCAGUUCCCACCUCCGUUGUUGUCCCAGAGUCCCCACUACUUUGCAUAGUGAGGUGGAAGUGGAAGUUUACUGGAGGGCGAUGUUCUGGGAUUGUGGCUUGUCCAGGAAUGAGCAUUGUGUUUGCCCCUCCUCCUACUCCAUGAUACUCUGCUGCAGAGUGAUAUUUCCUCUGAGUGAUGGUCGCCAGGAAAUUUGACUGUGCGGGGAUUGCCGCUGUGUCCGGUCCUGGUGUGAGACGGGCAUGCUAGGCAUCCGAAUUCAGAUUAUACUGGAGCUGGCUACAGAAACCUGGAUAAUGUCAUAUCUGCAGCUCAUUGCCAGAGUUCACCAGAUGUGGGCCAAUGGACACAUUCAGGGAACACAAUCAGACAAUCGGAUUUUUUUCUCUGGUCUAUACUUUGUGUCAGAGAAGCCACUUAAU